AUGACGAAGAAGUGGGAAAAGAAAAAACUUUCUUAUGACUGCAGUCAUCAAAAAUGUCAUAGUUUAAUUCAAGAUUUUGAAUCGUCAAGAAGUAUUUUUAGUAUGUGGAAGUUUUUACUAAUUCACGUUCUUUUUUGCCCAAUGUCCGUGAUAUGCUACAGUGCAAAGGUCACUAAAGAACUGUCAGAACCAAGAACAAUGGAUUAUUUUAAAUUUUUAUACAACGUGUUGCAAAAUAUUAAUCCAUUUCAAAAAUCUCCAAAUCAAAAAACAUCAAAACUCGAUGAAUUACCUUACAAUGGAAUUUAUUACGAUGGAAAUUCACUUAGUCAGCGUGUUCAUACAAUUGACAAAUUCCCAACAUUGGAAGAAUGGAAUAAGGAAGAAGGAAUGAUGCACAUGCCAUCAAUGACUGCAAUGACAACUCAUCAUGAAGAUAUGCAUAAGGAAGAGGAAGAAAAGGAAGAAGAGCCAUCGUUUUGGGUGUUUGAUAAACAUAGUGAUAAAAAUUUUUUAUUGAAAACAGGAAAAGUCCUGUUGAAACUUAUAGUACUGAAAAAAAUUAUAAAAUUCAUCGCACUUAUUGGACUUUUGUUCUUCAUUCCAACACUCAGAGAUAAUACUGAGACUGAGUCAACAACAAAAGAUUCUAGAAACUUAGAUGCUGAUGAUCGAAUCGAUUACAGAACAAAGGAAAUAUUAUUUUUCGCAAGUCAAGCGAUUGAAGGUUUUACUAUUGAUAAAACCUUUUGGUGUGUUGGUGCUCAAGAAAUCUAUUGUCGAUUUCAAUUGAUGUUUGAUAAUGUUGAUCAAAGUUACCCUGUUGACCAGAUUAUCAAUAUGUGGUAUCCACAAUCUGCUGCAAGAAUAAGAUCUUUUCUGUCAAAGUUAGCGCUGCCCAAAUAUAAAACCACAACACCAGAAACAUAUCUACAAAUCCCAGAAGAUCAAAACGAAGUUGAUCAAACUGAAGCCGAUGAAAAACAGGAUGAAAGCAAUGAAGAUGCUGGAAGCGGCUUUCAAAGGAAUUCUUUAGAGUCAGACGAUGAUAAUGAUGACGAAGAACAAGAUCUAAAGAAGAUUCAAAAGUUAAAAAGAAAUCAUCCAGAAAGCGAGCGUUCCAUGCUGUUGGCAAGUGUUACUGUUGAUGAGGUUUUGCUGUCAGAUGCAAAGUUGAUUUUUUCUUUUUCGGUGAAGAUCAAUCAAUCCAUUAAGACCAUGAAUAAACAUUGGCAUUCUUGUGGUUUUAAAAAUAAAAUGAAAGCUAAGGAUUAA